UGUUCACACGAAAUGUCGUGUCUUUCAUGAACAUCAACACACGCAACAUGUUGUACGAGCGUCGCUACGCCAUCUAUUUUGAGAGCGAGGCGGUGAUGAGGGCCUAUGACCUACUGAUGGAACACUCCUGCCCCCUCUGCAAGGACAUCCCCCCCUUCAAGAACUUCGUCAUGCUCAAGGACCACAUGCGCAGGAACCACGAACUCUUCUACUGCGAGCUCUGUGUCGACCACCUCAAGAUCUUCACAGGGGAACGUAGGUCAUACACUCGGAGCCAGUUGGCCCAGCAUCGACGCAAGGGGGACACAGAUGACACCAGUCAUCGGGGCCAUCCACUGUGCGAGUUCUGUGAUGCUCGGUUCAUGGACAACGAUGAACUCUUCCGGCACCUGCGUCGUGACCACUUCUUCUGCCACAUCUGUGAUGCUGACUCACUCAAUACUCAUUAUUAUGAGGACUACAGUGCCUUGCGAGAACAUUUCCGUGCAGAUCAUUAUCUCUGUGAAGAAGGAGGAUGCCAAGAAGAGCAGUUUACGUCAGUAUUUCGCACCAAACUUGAUCUCCAAGCUCACAUGGCACAGAACCAUUCAUCGAAUUUGAGCAAGCAAGCUGCCCGACAGGCCCGUACGCUGGACAUAGAGUUUACGUUGAACCACCGGCAGCAAGACAGCGGCCGCCACGAUGAGAGGGGGAUGAGGGGAGGCAGAGGAGGCCGAGAUGGACGAGGGAGAGGAGGGAGACGAGAUCGAGACAGAGAUCGAGACUUUGAGGAACAGCAGUUGCCUGACGAAAUGGACAGCAGACCUCCUGUGACGCAACAUUCCAUUGAUAUCAACUGUGUGCAAGAUUUCCCUUCCCUGAAUGGCACUGGACCAGGGUCAGGGGGGGAUGCUGGAGGGGGAGGGGGAAACAGGUCCAUGGCAGCGCAUUUAGCCAAACAGAAUCGAUUUACAGUAAGAGCCUCGGGUGGCAGGGGUAGGAGUGUGUUAGAUGAAGAAUUUCCUUCUUUAGGGUCAACAAGUGUCACAGUUAGUACAGCUCAGGCCACUGCUCAGUCCCCAACAUCUCCCACCACCUCUGUGCAUCUUAAGGUAAAUACGAAAAAAGCUGUGAGGGAUGGCCAAAAUGCAGGCCAGAGGAGCAGUAAUGUUUCGAUACAGUACAAUCGCACUGUCCCUGCUGCGGCAAAUGGGCUCCAGGGUUCAGGUGCAGAAGGCGAGAGUGGCAGUGGUGGAGGGCCUCGCAUUGGUGUUAUUUCACAUAGCAGUAAUAUUACUCUUCGAAGCAAAGCUAAUAACAAGGCCAAAAGCAAAGGGUUGGAGGAAGAUUUCCCAGCUCUUUCUGUUUCUACAAAAACGACAAAUGCUGGCAUGGGGUCGAGUGGCUGGGGGUCAACAGCAGCAGCACCAGCUCCCAGUAUGCCAGCCAGUGUACCAGUUAAUAUUUCCAAAAAUAUGAAAAAAGAUUUUCCAGCUUUAGGGCCAUCAGCUGGGGCGCCUUCUGUCGCACCUCCUUCAAAACCUGGAAAGAAAUUAAAUCCAAAAGAUUUCCCUUCUUUAGCACCAAAUCCUGACAGUCAGACCCACAUGAAAAAUUAUCAUGGUCGUUCUAGUGUUACAAUACCAGUGAGCAAUGCCUGGACACAUACAGUUGACCAGGUGCCUAAAGCAUCAGAUGGAAAUGAACCUUCAAGUUCCAAGAGUAAGAAGAAGAAAAAGGGAAGCAACAAGAGUGCAGCUGAUGUUACCACCAAUAGCAGUGCCAACUCAAACCAAAGUAGCAGUAAUAGCACAUCAAAUAGUGUGUCAAAUGGCCCUUCGAAACCCAGCACCAAGAAGAAGCCUGUUGGUUUGCACAAUAUCUUUGAUGAUGACAGUGAUGAAGAUGCAGUUGCAAUGGACCUAAGUAUGGGGAAAUUGGGUGACUAUCAGUCUAUGGCUCCUGUAACAAGCUCAAACCUGAACAUUAUUACCAGUGAUAUGGUCAAUGAGAGGAAAAAGUCUGAAUUGAAAAUUGGCACCUUGCGAGCCCCCCCACCAAAGCUGGAUAAUGAUGAUGCUUUCCCAACCUUGGGGGGAUCAUUUUCACCAUCACCCCUGGCUACCUCUACCUGGUCAUCCCCGGCAAAGAACACCGCUCCACCAGGUUUCACGAGCAAGCCCAAGGUUCCACCAGGCUUUAGUGCAACAGACAUGACUUUCACAAGUAGCUCCGGGGAGAAGUUUGCAAUUUCUCCCACCUCUGAGGCUGCUGUGUCCACCUCAGCAUUCACAGCCCAACCCACGACCACCUACACCUUCCAGCUACCACCAAGAUUUGAACUCCGUAACAAGAGGCUUAUCAAGACAAUCCAUGAUGAGUGUAAAGGAGAUGAGGACAAGUUUGAUUGCUUCAAGAUGCUGGCUGGUCAGCUGCGGAGUGGAGACCUCUCUGGACAUUUGUAUUAUGAACAGUGCCGGGAAGUUAUGGGCAAGGGUACCUUCCACAAGAUACUCCCAGAGCUUUUGGUUCUCUUACCUGACAUCAAAAAACAGCAGGAGGUGCUGGCAGCGUACCGGAAAGUGGAUGGAGGGAGAGGCUGCUCCACCGUGUUUGCCGUGUGUGUAGUUUGUCAGCAGGUUCUCAGCCAGGAUGACUACUCUGAGCACAUGGACAACCACGACCAAAAUGCUUCAGACUUCCCUUCCUUAGGCAAGCCAGGCCCUCACCGGUUUCAGAAGUAAAAUGCUGCAUAUUCAAGUUGCAGUAAUUAGGGUAGUUGGGGACGGGAGUUGCAGGAGAGACUCCUUCCCCCUGCCACUUUUCUACGCUUAAUUGGUGAAUCACAGUGCUGUGUUUUGCAGGUGGUAAAUCUGAAUUUUUUUUUGGUUUUGUUUGUCUGAUGUUUGUGACUGACUUUGCUAUAAAUUUUUUCCCCCCCCUCUUGAUUUAUUAUCUUGAAAAAAUUUGUGAAUUGAUUUUGGGGGAAUGGUAUGGGAUGGGAUGGGAUAGCACGUUUUUUUUUCCCCCCCACGAAGCUCAAAAUUUAUAUGGAUUAGAUUUUUUUUUUUUUUUUUUUUGGAAUUGUACAUGGUGGAAUCUGGCUUAUAGGAAUGGAAUUGUCAUACUCGUGCAUUUCCACGGAUUUGAAUAUAUGUAUUUUAGUCUUGUUUUUAUGAGCUUCCACUUUGUCAUCUCAUCGUAUCAGGCUUGGUAAACUUGCUCGCUCAUAAUUGAUUGUGUUCAACGGUUAACCUUGCUCAAGACUACAAUGAUAGAGUGGAUUGUGUUGUGCCACUGGGACUGGGCAGUGAAUGUAUGGAUAUUGCACAGGGAGCUGAAGAUGCAUUUUUUAUGAUGAUUAUUGUUAUUUUUUUCUUUCUUUCUUUUUUUGUGAUGAUGAUUUCUUGGUUAUCAUAAUGUGAUGAUGGGUGAUACAGUUAUAGUAUAUAUAUUUUUCUGUUAAAGUUGCAAGUAUAUCUGUGAAGCAUA